AUGCCUUUGGAAGAUACAGCUUCAACUAUUAAUGUAAUAGACUAUAACUUUGGAUUGAGCCGACAAAAAACAUCUAAUAGGAAUAGUGGGGUCCCACUACAUUUUUUUCUACCAACUUCACCUGACUCUGCCCCUUUCCACUACAGACCAUCAUUUCAUUUCCCUGCUUCUAACCAUUCACUGAAUGUCAUCAGGCCUUUCACUCUGGCUCAUGGAACAACAACCCUUGGUUUCAUCUUCCAAGGUGGGGUCAUUGCAGCUGCAGACACACGAGCCAGUGCUGGGGGGCUUGUUGCGUGCCCGGCUGUUCACAAGAUUACCCCCAUUCACUCCCACUUGGUGGUCACCUCCUCUGGUAGUGGUGCAGACUGCAUGCUGUGGGAGCGAAUUCUGGCCAGAGAGAUCAGACUCUACCAACUUCGGCAUAGACAGCGUCUGUCAAUACGUGGCGCUGCCAAGCUCCUCUCAUUUAUGCUGCACCCCUUCAAAGGAACUGAUGUGUGUGUGGCUCUUACACUGUGUGGAUGGGAUAAAGAAGCAGGCAACACAGGCUGUGCAAAGAUAUCAGAAGAUUCAACCUUUAAGAUUAAUGAUAGCUCCUCAGCUCAUAGUAGCCAAGAUGUUAAUGUGAGGGCAUAUUCUGCAUCUCCUAACAGUGGCCCACAGCUGAUAUAUGUGUGCAGUGAUGGUACCCGACUGCAAGGAGAUGUCUUUUCUGUGGGCUCAGGUUCUCCCUAUGCUUAUGGAGUCCUGGACAGAGGUUUGAGAUGGAGCCUGAGUAGAGAUGAGGCCAUCUCCUUGGCAAGAGAAGCUGUGUUCAGAGCCACUCACAGAGAUGCCUAUUCAGGAAACAAUGUGGACCUCUUUCACAUCACAGCCCAGGGCUGGAAACAAAGACAGAGAGAAGACCUAAAAGAAGAAUUUUACAGAGACAUGGAGAAGAGGGCAAAGAUUGUGGAUAAAAGAAAAAGAGUGACAGAACUGGAUUCUUAUGGAUGAAGAAUAUUUUUGUGUGUGA